AUGCCACUGGCCGCUGGCACAAAGGUGGAUGCCGAGCAGAACGGGGUGUGGUAUCAGGCGGUAAUAAAGCAGAGCCUCGAGGAGAGCAGCGGCCUGAGCUACAAGGUGCACUACCACGGCUGGAACGCAAGGUGCGACGAGUGGGUGGACUCGGCGCGUGUGCGCGGCAUCGGCAGCUUCUCUGCCGGCGAUGAGGUCCAAGCCCGCGACAGGUUCGGGAAGUGGUACGGCGCCAAGAUUGUGCACGUCACCGAGGACGGCGAGUACCGCGUCCACUUCCUCGGCUGGGCGGCGAGGUGGGAUGAGACGGUUCCUGCCGACCGUGUCGCUCGAGUCGGCGCCGCGGUGGAGAACAUGGAGGUGGACCCGGAGGCGGUCUGGGGCGGGGCCGCUGGGCACCUCGGCGACGACCAGUUUCAGGUGCACGCGGUGCUCAAGAGCCGCAUACGCGAGGGCAUUCUGCAGUACUGGGUUGACUGGGGACCCGAGUGGGACCUGAGCGAGGCGGAUAUGGCGGAAGGCCUCGCGUGCGUGCGCUACCAGUGGGUGGACGAGGACGAUAUCGACCCGGCGCUCGUCGAGAGCUUUGUGCCGUCCGGCCGGGGUCGGGCGAGCGGCGGCGGCACUCCCUUUGUCAUGCAGGAUCAGCUUCACGUAACGGAGGACGUCGCGGCGCAGCUGGUUGGGUCCUACCGCAACGAGCUCGCUCGGCACAUGUUCCGCGUGCUCGACAAGCAGCGCGGGCACCUCAAGAAGUACGUGAGCGAGAUCACGGCGCUCCGGGGCGGGCACGGCGGCAAGCACAUCGAGGACAGCUUCAAAAUCAGCUCGCAGGACAUUGUCGACGAGAUGAUCCGCCCCUUCCUCUCCUCGGUCGUCAAGAAGCAGGAGAAUGGCACGCUCAUGCUGCUGGUGCCGCCGCUCGAGUUCCGCUUCCGUACCCAGCGCGUCGGCGCGGACGAGCCGGCGGCGGCCACGCAGCUCAUCGUGACGGGCCACUUCUUCUCGCUGGCGACCGACCGGAUCUUUCGGUGGGCACGGCCGGGCAACGCAGCAGACGGCGAGUUCUACUCCCCCCAGGUGAUCCAUGGCUACAAGAAGGCGCUCGCGCACCACGCACGCAACCUCCCAGCUGGACAGGUCUCGGCGGACAUGCUCCAGUUUUUGCAGCCGCUCUAG